AUGAGUCGAUCGAAUCUUAAUCUAUUGGAUUUACCUGACGAAAUAUUACUUCUUAUUUUGAAAAAAUUGAACAAUAUGGAUGUUCUUUAUUCAUUUAUCAACAUUAAUAAUAAACAUUUAAAUAGUCUAGCACAAGAAAAAAUCUUCAGUUCAACUCUCAAUUUUGUAUCCAUCGAUAAUGUUUCUGUAAUUGAUCAAGAGAAACUGGAUCGAUUUUGCAAGGAUAUAUUACCAAAGAUUCAUGAAAAUGUGAAAUGUUUUAUUGUUGAACCACUUUCAAUGGAACGUAUUCUUCUUGCUGGUGAAUAUCCAAAUCUAACUGAACUUAAACUUUUUAACUUCACACAAGAAAUUGAUUUAAAUUAUUUUACAAAUCAAUCAUCUCUUCGAUGUAUCUUUCAACAAAAACUUACACAUCUUACUAUUAUAAAUAAUGACGAACGAAAAGAGAUAGAAUCAUUGAAAAAUUAUAAUCGAAAUGUAUAUGAAUAUAUCUUGAAGUUCUUUAGAAAUUUAAAACAUUUGAGUAUUAUUGAAACACAAAAUCGAUCAUAUCCACCUUUAUUACUCUGUGAUUCACCAUCAAUUAGUUUUUUCUCUACAACUCUUACUUAUUUAUGUAUCAAUGUGAACACAUUUGAUGAUUGUCUUUAUUUACUUGAUGAUCGAUUAAAACACUUAACUACACUUAUUGUUCAAAUAUGUAAAAUAAGCAAAUCUUCAUCACUCAUUUACAAUAUGGAUAAUUUACCUAAUUUGAAAUGUUUUUCAUUGAAAUGUUAUCUUCAACUUGAUAUAUAUGAUGAGAAAAUUCUACCUCUUCUUCAUCGUAUGACAUAUCUGGAAAAAUUAACUUUAUAUCUUUCUAUAAAAAAUCGAAAUACAUUUAUUGACAGUUCUCAUCUUCAAAAUGAAAUUCUUCUUUAUAUGUCAUGUCUUCAUUCAUUUACUUUUUAUAUUCGUACUUAUGAUCAUGACUACUGA